GCCCAGCGCCGACAAGCCCCGCCCACAAAGGGACGCGCUUCGUUCCCAGCGUUUUCAUUUUCCGGACGUCCUGGCAAACUUUGACCGCUGGCGCCGGAACUAUUACGCAUGCGUCGUCCCUUUGCAUGGUGAGCUUUCUGAUUCUCGCGGCUGCCGCGGGAGCAAUAGCGAUCUUGCUGGUCGCAAGACUAUGUGUCGUGCUUCAGCCCCAUCACGUCACUCUCCGAGAGUCUGUCGGACUCCUGAUAGUUGCUGGAUCCGGUGGACAUACCACUGAGAUCCUGAGACUGGUUGGAAGCCUGUCCAGUGCGUACUCCCCCAGGGAUUACGUCAUCGCUGACUCUGAUGAGAUGAGUGCCAAGAAAAUUGUUUCUUUUGAGGAUGCUCGAAAGAGAGACUCUGCUACUGAGUGCACCCUGUACCGCCUUCACCGAAUUCCAAGAAGCCGGGAGGUUCGGCAGGCCUGGCUCUCCUCAGUGUUCACCACCUUAUACGCCACGUGGUUUUCCUUUCUCCUGGUUUGCCGAAUAAAGCCAGAUUUGGUGCUGUGUAAUGGACCAGGAACAUGUGUUCCCAUCUGUGUGUCUGCCCUGCUCCUUGGGAUACUUGGAAUAAAGAAAGUGAUUAUUGUCUACGUCGAGAGCAUUUGCCGAGUGGAAACUUUAUCCCUCUCUGGGAAGAUUCUCUAUCACCUCUGUGAUUGCUUCAUCGUUCAGUGGCCGACUCUUAAGGAGAAGUACCCCAAGUCUGUGUACCUUGGGCGAAUUGUUUGACAAAUGGGAACUUAAGACUCUUGAGAAUUAAUACAAUUCCAAUAAUAUUCACUAUAUCUAUCUAUCUUUAUUGUAAAGUUCUCCAAAAGCCCAAAGAAAAAUCAGUGGUGAAGGAUUUAAAGUGUGCAAAUAACUCAGUGAAGAAAAACAAAUAGCUGUGUCUGCACAUCAAAUAAAAGUGUAUAUAACACUA